GAUGACCAGAGACUGCAGACACAGUACAGGGAUGACCAGAGACUGCGGACACAGUACAGGGAUGACCAGAGACUGCGGACACGGUACAGGAGAUGACCAGAGACUGCGGACACGGUACAGGAGAUGACCAGAGACUGCGGACACGGUACAGGAGAUGACCAGAGACUGCGGACACGGUACAGGGAUGACCAGAGACUGCAGACACAGUACAGAGAUGACCAGAGACUGCAGACAGUACAGGAGAUGACCAGAGACUGCGGACACAGUACAGGAGAUGACCAGAGACUGCGGACACAGUACAGGAGAUGACCAGAGACUGCGGACAG